CAGCGUUAUGUCAAUCAACAACCCUGCACAACCUUUAGAAAUGGCUCACACUGGACUCCCCGCAGAGACGCAGCAGUGCCGUUAAAUGUCCUACGAUGAUCUGGAUCUGGAACACAAAGUGCUGGGCUCUGGGGGCCCAGAUUCAGCAGCAGCUGCUGCCAGAGCUCCACUGUGACAUUUACCUCGUGGAGAUUCACCUCACACCUUGUGGUCCCCCUCUCCAGACCAGUCCCCAGUCUCCUCCUCCCUACGCUGCACAGGCCCCGCCCCCACUGCAGCCUUUCCAGCAGGCUCCUCUUCAACAGGUCCAGUACCAGGCUCAACAGGGUCCCGUGAUCCAAAUGACUCCUCAGCCAGUGCAAAUGAGCCAACCGCAGCCCGUCCAGGUAAUGAUUUGUUCUGGGGACCUGGGUGAUGUCCCCACCGUGACCACCUGCAAGAACUGUGGACAGCGGAUCGAAACCAGGGUGGUGUAUCAAAGUGGGAUCUUGGCCUGGAUAAUCUGUGGACUCUGCCUUGUGUUCGGGCUGUGGUGCGGCUGCUGUGUCAUCCCCUUCUUUGUGGACAGAUGCAAAGAUGCUCAUCAUUACUGCAGCAAAUGCAACGUCAGCCUCGGUAUCCACAAGAGGAUGUAGUGGUCAACACACACACGUUGUUCAUUCUCCAGAUAUUAAGGCAACAUGAUGUUUCUGUUGGGAUAAUCAAUUUCAGCUAAAUAAGUAAAUGAAAAUCACCUGAUGGUGACUGGCUUUGGGAGAAACAGAUGAUCACACCUGUCUUUGACCAGGAGGGCUCACAGCACACCUGGAAACCUCUUCAGCACUUCUGUGCAGCUGCUGCUUCUUUCAUGUUCUUCUCUGUUUUCUCCUUUAAUAAAUCAAGCUAAAGACAGCA